UCAGUCUCAGCAACGCACAAAAAAGGAUGGUGAAAGCUGGAAAGAACUACUUAAAAGAGCUCAGAACAUGACAACCUCAACAGUUUGGGGGGAGUCCUUCAAGGAACCAACUUCAUUUAUUACAGCAGCUUCCAGUGAUAAGAAGAUAAUGGAUCCCUCUCAGCACGAGCGCCACAAAGCCCGCAGUCAAUUACCAGCCUCCUGCCUGCAGCCGAUGGACGAGGGCUCCUGCCAGCGAUACAUGCUGCUCUGGUAUUACCACCCGGAGGCAGAUGCCUGCCGGCCCUUCGUGUUUGGGGGAUGCCGAGGGAACAGCAACCGUUUUGAAACCAAAUGGAAGUGCGAGCAGCAGUGUAAAAUGGCAGCAGGAUUCAGAUCGAGGAGCUGCCAGAAACACCGCGAGGACAUCUCAGAGAUUGGGCAAACCAGAGAACACAAAGAGGUGACAGAUGUUGGUUCUGUGCGUGACGACUGUGAUUACGAAAAGAAAACAAACCGGUAUGAUAAGAGGGAGGUGUCUGACUUCUCAGGAAAGCGGAAAUUUUUCAGAGGAUCAUGA